GUGCUCAAAAAGAAAGAAAAGUCAACAUUAGUCAAGUGAAUUGUUCAUAAAAUGCUAUAGUGUACGAAGAAAAUACCAUUUGAUCAAAAAAAUCUAAUAAAUUUCGUUUCCAGAAGGUCGUUAAUAGAAACUUAUUAAUAUAAAUUAGUAAUUAAGUAAAUUCUAAAGUUUAUUCGGUUAGAUAAUUUAUUUACAAAACACAUCGCUCUGUGUGGUGCCUACGUCGUAUUCCUUGCAUAUAGGAAUUCGUGAAUUUACGUCAAAUAUUUUCUUGUAGGAAAUUAAUUCACGUGCUUUAAAUUUAUAUUCACCAAAAGGAAUCAAUUAAUAAAAUUGAAUUUGCAUUUAGUCAUUGAGUCAUCAGGAAAAACGGUUAGAAUUGUAAAAAUGGGUAGAUCAAGAUCGCGGAGUAAAUCGCCGAGUAGGCGGCGUCACAAGAGUAAGCACUCGCGAAAAAGAUCGAAAUCUCGUGAAAAACGUUCAACCAGUAAAUAUUCAGAAAAGCCCAAAGAACGGAGUUCAAAAUCAAGGAAAAGAUCACAUUCUCCAUCUUCCAGUUCAGCAUCAGAUAUUUCCGAUGAUAUUCACAUUGUCAGCCAUAAAAAGCGUUCUUAUCGAGACAGAGAAAGGGAUCGCAAAAUGGACGAAGUUGAAAGAUUGGCGGAAAUGGAGAGACAAAGGAAAAAGAAAGAGUUAACGAACAAAAUCCUCGUAUCGAGUGCAGUUGGAUUAGAUGAAUUAGAAAUAGAACGAAACACUCGAUACGUGUGUGCCUCUAGGCGGCAGCGUGAGGUGGAGCAAAAAAUGGUUGAGGAGGAAGCUGCAAAACGAAUCGAGGAACUUGUACAAAAAAGAGUUGAGGAAGAGCUCGAGAAACGAAAAGAGGAAAUUGAGGCCGAGGUACAAAAAAGAGUUGAAGAGGCUAAACGAGCCAUGGAACGACAAAUGAUGGAGGAAAUGGAAUGGCGACAAGCAAAACUACGCGAAGAGGAAAAGCGACGAGAGGAAGAAGAGCGGAAAAAGCGCGAGGAACUCGAGAGGAUCAUGGAGGAAAACAACAGAAAAAUUGAGGAAGCACAAAAGAAAUUGGCCGAGGAAAGACUUGCAAUGGUCGAGGAGCAACGAUUAAUGGAAGAAGAAAGGCAAAAAAUGAGAAAAGAACAUGAAAAACGAGUGAAAGAAGAACAGAAAAAGAUUCUUGGAAAAAAUAAUUCGAGGCCAAAAUUGUCUUUUUCACUAAAAUCAGUAACGUGAGUCUCGGGCCUAAUUGAAUAAUAUAAUUAUAUAUAUAUUGAAAACAUUCUUAAUAAUGUCAGUUUAAAAACUGAUUAACAAAAAUGAACCUUUAAACUUGUAAAUUUCAUUGCGCUUUGUAAAUUUGCAAGAUUUAUAAUCAUUUAUAUUUAUAAUAUAGGCUUUUGAAAAUACUUGAAAAUUUCUCCUUUUAUUCUUCUUUUCUUUUAUUUAAAUUUUUUGUAAUUUUCACUACACCUUUUUUUUAACUCACUGUAAAAUUUUACUAUAUUUCAAGUAUUUUCAAAAUUGCGUAUAUUAUUCCUUUUUUUUUAAAUUUACCUUUAUGUACUUUUGAAUGAUGAUCUUUUGAGGAAAAUUGUGUUUUAUAAAUUUCGCAAAGAAAGAAAAAAAAAAGAUUGAAAAGAAUUUUCCAAAGAUCAGUAAAUUUUUAGAAUCGUUUUUGAUUCUCGAUAGGAUAGUUUUUUUUUAAAUGUAAAUUACACCUGAGAAGAUUAAAAAUAUUCUAAUUUGCAAAAAAAAUUUCAAAAUUGUAUUAUAUUUUCUUUUUUUCGCUUUCAAUUGAUUGUUUCUUUUUCUUUGUAAAUUCUCAUGUUUUCGAUAUUCGAAUUUGUUGAAUUGUUUCUCUCGUGAAUAUAUGAAAUUUUCAUGCAAAAAUAUGAAAGAAAAAGGAAUAAAAAUAUUAAGCUUAAGAAAAAAGCGAUAAUUGAAAGUCGAAUUUUAGAAUAUGUUAAUCUUUUUAAGCUAGCAACUGAAGUGAUAAAAUAGAAUUUGUAAUAGUUGCAGAAAUAAAAUGUUUAGGGCGUUAUACUUUUACAUAAUUUUUUUUAGCUAGAGAAACAUACGAAUUUGUGAUUUUUGAUGUGUUUCUAUUCAUCUGCAAUUAUUGAAUAAAGUCACGAGUUUCAGUUACUAUAAUAGUGUGUAAUGGAUGACUUGUUACUUGAAGAAUAAACAGUUCUUUUUUAUUAAUAA